AUGCGCCGGCGACAAGAUGACUGGGUUAAUGCAACGCAUAUUCUCAAAGCUGCAGGGUUUGACAAGCCCGCCCGUACGAGAAUCCUCGAGCGCGAGGUGCAGAAAGACGUCCAUGAGAAGAUCCAGGGUGGAUAUGGGAAAUACCAGGGCACGUGGAUUCCUUUAGAAGCAGGAGAACAACUUGCGCACCGAAACAACAUCUUCGAGCGUCUUCGACCUAUCUUCGAGUUCGUCCCCGGAAACCAGAGCCCACCCCCGGCACCUCGACAUGCGAGCAAGCCCAAGGCUCCUAGAAAGCCGGCAGUACCGAAAUGGGGUGCUCCGCCGCCCCAAGAACUUGAGACCGCAAGCCAGCAGUUAAAUGAAGAUGAUACACCAGAUAACGUUACUGUCGCUUCCGUUUCGUAUAUGGCAGAGGAUGAUCGCCACGACCUGUCACAUUAUUCGACCGGGCACCGCAAGAGAAAACGGGAGGAGAAUAUACAAGAUCUUACAGAACAGCAACAUUCGGUCUAUGGCGAUGAGCUAUUAGACUACUUCCUCCUAUCUCGCAACGAGGCCCCCAACUUUCGUCCCGAGCCCCCUCCCAAUUUCCAGCCUGACUGGCCGAUCGACACGGAGAAGCAUACUGCCCUUCACUGGGCCAGCGCCAUGGGCGACGUAGACGUCAUCAAGCAACUAAAGAGAUUUGGAGCUACCUUAGGAGUUCAAAACUGUAAGGGAGAGACCCCAUUCAUGCGAUCCGUCAAUUUCACCAAUUGCUACGAGAAGCAAACCUUUCCUCAGGUUAUGAAGGAACUAUGGGAUACCAUCGACGCACGCGACGAUUCGGGUUGUACAGUAAUUCAUCACGCAGCUAUUAUGAAGAGUGGCCGGAUAACGAGCACUUCUUGUUGCCGUUACUAUCUCGAUAAUAUUCUAAACAAGCUCCAAGAAACGCAUGACCCCAACUUCGUCCAGCACCUCAUCGACGCCCAAGACAAUGGCGGUAAUACCGCUCUUCACUUGGCGGCAAAGACCAACGCUCGUAAGUGCAUACGAGCCCUUCUUGGCCGAGGCGCCUCCACGGACAUUCCCAACGCAGAGGGAGUACGCGCGGAAGAUUUGAUCAAGGAAUUAAAUGCUGCGAAGAAUCCAAAGGAGCGAGUACCUCAACGGUCCUCCUCUCCGUUUGCCCCUGAGUCUCAGCGACACGUAUCCUUCCGUGAUGCUCUCACGGAAUCCGUUUCUAAACUAGCUGUCACGUAUAAUUCGGAAGCGGCAAAUACAGUCCAGAAUAAGAUAACACCACUCGUCUUGCAGAAGUUCCAGGAUCUCGCACAUAGCUAUGAUGAGGAAUGGAAAGAAAAGAAUGAGGCCGAGGUGGAGGCUCGCCGUAUUCUUGCCAACACCCAAAAUGAGCUUGCCGUCGUAAGAGCGCAAAUUGCCGAACUAGACUGCCAGUUGGAAUCUCCCGAGGCAGCAUCAAAGGUUGUUGGUGACGCUACUAUCUUACAGCAGCAAGUUGUAUCAUUACUAGCAAGCCAGAGCCAAUACUAUGUGCACGCUUCUGUCGAGCAAGCCGUGUCGAUGAUGAAUGGUGACACUGGUGACAAUUCGUACGAAGAGCGAAUAAAGCUUGCGCAAGAGUUGAAGGAGCUCGCCGCGGAGCAGCGUCGCGCGGAGAAAGAGUACGUUGAUGCGUUAGGUGUGUCCGGAACCGGCGACAAAAUUGACAAGUAUCGACGGCUACUCAAGGAAUGCCUAGAUCAGGAGGCUGCAGAGAAUUUGGAUUCCAACUUGGACGACCUCAUCGACAUGAUGGAGGAGGAGCGAAGUGAGGGGGCUCCGGCUAUACCCGGGCAAGGAGAGCCUAUGAUGAUCUGUUAG